AUGCGCUUCAUGCUGCUCUUCAGCCGCCAGGGCAAGCUGCGCCUGCAGAAGUGGUACCUGGCCACGGCCGACAAGGACAAGAAGAAGAUGGUGCGCGAGCUCAUGCAGGUGGUGCUGGCCCGCAAGCCCAAGAUGUGCAGCUUCCUCGAGUGGCGGGACCUCAAGGUCGUCUACAAGAGGGUGUGUGAGCUCGACAUCAUCUUCAACUUCGAGAAGGCCUAUUUCAUCCUGGACGAGUUCGUCAUGGGCGGCGAGAUCCAGGACACGUCCAAGAAGAGCGUCCUCAAGGCCAUCGAGCAGGCCGACCUGCUGCAGGAGGUGGGGGACCCCUCUCCAGAAACACCCCCCCCCCCGGGAACACCCG